GAUCAGUAGCUCUCGGGGUUUACAAGAACAGCAAGAUGAGAUUUCUGAUUGUUUCCGCCUUAGUGGCCUGCGUUGCAGCCGCACCUUCCCAUCUGGUGCCAUUCCCAGCCGUGGCGUACCACGCUGUGGCCAUCCCAGCUGUUGUUCCCACUCUAUCACCUGGAGACAUUCAAGCUGCAGCGAUCGACGCCCAGGUCAAGGCCGCUGAUCUCGCCCAAGCGGCGGCCGACAAAGCCAUCGCAAUCAAUGAACAAAACGCAGAAAAUUACAACGUCAAAGCCGUCGUGAACACUAAUCUAGCUCAGGAACAGGCUGUCGAUGGUGUUUGGGCAGUUGAGGAUAAGAAAUGGCAAGCCCUGGACGCUCUCAAAACAGCUGAAGCGCAAUUAGACGGUGCAGUGGCUAGUCAGGCUGUACAGCUAGCUAAGAGCGCCGUAGGAGCCGCACCUUACGUUGUAGCACCAGUAUUCCCGGUCGUUUACCCGGGAAUUGCGUCGCCGGCCAUCAAAAGCAUCGCCACCCAGCCACCGGUAGAAGAAGUCAAGACCGUCGCGGACGUAGAAGCCAGUGCUAAAGCCGAGGAGGGUCCCGCUGAAUUGGAAGUCGGGAAAGUUGAGGGGAACACCGAUUCGGUUGCCGUUGAAGCGAAAAGCGCGAGUGAGGCCGCAGAGUCUUCGGCCAUUCAAAGCGCUGCCAAAACAUCGGCCGUUGAAAGUGAUGCGCAGACUUCAGGUGUGUUAGGCGCUGGACAUAUUUCAACCAUUCAAGGAGCCAUAGCCACCAAGACUAAUUAUCCCACCAUACCUCUGGUCGGACCUGCGUUCUUAGCUCAUCCUCAAGUGCCUUUGGUGUUUGCUGUCGCAUCACCGUCUUGGUAAAGAUCAAGCGAUGUAGAUUUAAAGUUAGUACUGUGAUCGGAUCGGAUUGUGUGAUCAGAAAUUGUGUCCCGAAAACUUUUUGAAUAAAAUUUGAUUUGAUC